UUGCCAUUACUGUGAAUCCUGACUGCCGAGUCCUGGAGCUCCAGGUGCCCGGGCUUCCAGAUGUGGACAGCAACGCGUCAAAGCCUGCUGGCCCAAACACUCCCUCCACAGUCUCUGUCCUGGUGGGGAAGGAAGGGUUUGCAGCUGGGAAACACUACUGGGAGGUGGAGGUGGGCCAGCAGCAGGACUGGGUGGUGGGGGUGGUGAGGGGAGAGAUUUUCUCUAGCGAAGGAGACUGCAAGAUUGCAAAACAGCAGACAAGUUAUUCAGUGAUUGGUGUGUUUCUGGACCUGGACAAAGGACGGGUGAACUUUUAUGAACCAGAGCAAAUGGGCAUCAUGUGGUUCAGAGGUGAAGGGCCUAUCAUCAUCAGCAUCGAACCAUCAGUUGUCCUUGUUGGAGAGCAAGUGAGUCUGUCCUGCCAGGUGACAGACAGUGUCUCCUCUAAUGCGAGCGUGCUUUGGUACAAAAUGGAAAAGGGGAAGGGUGCUCCACUGUGCUCUUCCUCCAGCCUGGGUGGGGUGGUGGAGCAGAGUCAGGAUGAAGAAGAGUGGAGGAUCGCGGGACACUGGCAGGGAAAAACACUUCUUCUGGUUAUCCGGCAAGUGCAAGUAGCUGACGAGGGGACAUAUGUUUGUGCAGUGAAUGGCAGUGUUGUCACACAGGAGGCUACUCACCUUGAUGUUACAGCAAUCGGGUAUAAGCCAACUUUGGACAGGGAUCUGCAAGAGAAGAGUGUGUGUCGCUACACAUGUAAGUCAAAAAAAUGGUACCCAAAGCCUGAAGUCGUUUGGAUGAACUAUGGAGGAGACACAGUAAAUGUGGAGGCCGAGACCAAUGUAACCUGGAGUGAGAGAGACCAUUUCACGGUGCAAAGCAUCAUCACAGUUCCUUGUGAUAACAUAGAUGUGGUGUGUGUAGUCAAACUCACCAAAUCCAAGAUAAGCCGAUCAGAGAAGCAGAAGCAGAUUGAGAAGCAGAAGCAGAUUGAGAAGCAGAAGCAGAUUGGUGAGUGUCACUGA